AUGGCCAUGAAAGGCAUCAGCCUUGGCCUCCACCGGAUUUCGAGGGCCCUUGAAGGCGUUCCUCAGAUAUGGGAAGCCAUUCAUGUCGCCGGAACCAAUGGUAAGGGCUCGACUUGCACAUACCUGUCGGCUCUUUGCAGGUCCUUCGGCAUUUCAAACGGUCUCUUCACCUCGCCCUAUUUGGUUGAGCCCCGCGAUGCCAUCAAGAUCAACGGCACGCCCGUUCAACAAGAUGUCUACAACGACGUACGGCGAAAGAUCCUAGAUGAUGAGCAAGCCCGGCUGGCGCAAGAUGCGUCCCAGGAAGCGCUCUCCAUCUUUGAAGUGACCACCCUCAUCGCUUUCGGAGUUUUUACACACGCCGACGUGCAAAUGGGAAUCGUCGAGGUUGGUCUCGGUGGCAGGCUCGAUUCGACAAAUGUUCUCAAGCGGAAAAAGGUCACCGUCAUUACCAAGAUUGGCCUCGAUCAUCAGGCCUUCCUGGGCAACACAUUGCCUGAGAUCGCCAAGGAAAAAGCCGGCAUCAUGAUGUCCGGCGUGCCUUGCGUCGUCGAUGGCAGCAACCCGCCCGAGGUUCUCGAAGUCUUCCGGAAGCAUGCCCAGAGCGUAUCGGCGCCUCUGCACCUUACCACGGACCAGACUGGCCUGCUGGAAACGCUCUACCGGUCCGAGCUAAUGCCGCAUCAGGCCCAGAAUAUGGCUUGCGCCAUCACGGCUUUCCAGCUUGCCUAUCCCCAUUUGAAUCUCUCGGCUGAGCAGGCUCUGCCAAUUUUGAAAGAUGUCAGCCAUCUAGGUAGACUAUCAUGGUUAGACAUCGGCAAGAAAUACCCAUUGCGGAGAGAGAAGCCUAUCCUAAUUGAUGGCGCUCACAAUCCGCAGUCUGCAGAGACACUCUCUACCUUUGUCGAGCGGCGUUUGCGAGUUGCAGAUAAGCCCAUCACUUGGAUAGUAUCAGUUUCUAAACAAGAUGGAAAGGAUGCUGGAGGUAUGUUUCGCACCUUGCUGAAGCCUGGCGACAAUGUCGCCUGCGUCCCUUUCUCUCGACGAGAGACGAUGCCUUGGGUUGAGCCUCUACCUCCUGCUACAUUGCGAGAUAUGGCAUCUGAUGCUGGCGCAAAAGAGCUGUUUGACGGGGAAGAAGACCUCAUUGCUGCUAUGAAAUGGGCAGUUGACUGUGCGGGAAAUGGGCCUAUUGUAGUUACCGGUAGUCUUUAUCUUAUUGGAGAUGUGUAUAGGGCUUAUGGAGAGACAUGA